CUUGGCCAUUUAUGUUCUGGCGGUGUUUUAGAGGUGGACAUCGUCUGUCAUAUUCAGGCCACGUCUCCAUGCCUCCACCCUCAUCACAUCAGAGAAGCCCUGCAGAUGAUCACUGAACAGGGUUGUGACUAUGUGUUUUCGGUGGUUCGCAGACACCAGUUUCGCUGGGAGGAGGUGGACAAGAAAGACUGUAAGAAUCCGACAUCUCUGAACAUUGACGUGGCGCACAGGCCUCGACGUCAAGAUUGGCACGGGGAACUCUACGAAAACGGCUCUUUCUAUUUUAGUACGAGAAAGGCUUUGGAAAACGGCCUUAAACAAUUGGGCAAGAUCGCCUACUAUGAAAUGCUGCCUGAGUACAGCGUUGAUAUCGACGUGGACAUCGACUGGCCUGUCGCUGAGCAGAGAGUUCUGAGGUUUGGCUACUUUGGCCGAGAGGAGAACGCGGCGGUCAGGCUGUUUCUGUGUAAAGUGUCUGGCUGUUUGACGAACGGACAGAUAUUCACAUCGGUUUCAGGCGAGGACCAUGUGGCCAUCAAUGCUCGAGACGUGGCAGGCAUACAGAUGCUGCAGAGAGAAAAUAUAGAGGUGAUCCUCAUGUCCUGCGUGAAUGAGCCGCUGUCCAGGGGUCUGCUGGAGAAGGUCGCCCAGCUCGCCGGCUGUGGCCUUUGGUUUGGAGAGCAGCUGAAUGGGCUCGAGGUGGAGCGGCUGAUGAAAGAGAAGAAACUGCGGUGGGAUAAAGUGGCCUUCAUGGGUUCCGAGUCUGAAGACAGAGAGAUCUUGUCUCAGGUGGGGCUGAACGGCGUCCCGUGUGACUCAGUCGUGGCGGAUCUCAUCGCGGCGAAAUACACGUGUCAGAGACCUGCCGGAAACGGAGCAGUUCGUGAGUUUGCCGAGUACAUACUGAUGCUGAAGAAAAAGAGCUUGUUGCAGGUGCUCCAGGAGCACAUUGACAGGGCCAAUUUCUAGAUUCCAGUUCCUAUUUCAUAUUUCUUUUAAACAGUCAGUUUGGGUUGCUGUGAU